AUGUCCGACUCGACCCUUUAUCUCUACACCUCCCUAACGGCGGGGUCCUCGCACAUCGUCACCGCAACCGCCCGUAUCGAAACUAUCCUCAAGGCUAAUAAACUGCCCUUCCGCGCUAUCGAUGUAGCCACGGACGAGGUUGCCCGUAAACUCUGGGGUCGCCGAUCCAAGGGCAAGAAGCUGCCCGGUCUUGUGAAGUAUGGAAAUAUCGUCGGAGUAUGUAGCCCCUGCCCCUCUCCCCCCCCCUCUGUUGCAGCAGCACUGACAUAUCUCCUGCAGGACCUGGAGGAAAUCGAAGAGUGGAAUGAAUUCGGUGAACUGCGCAUGAUCGUCAACAGCGUCCAAGAUCUGGACGGCAUGCCAGCGACCAGCCAUCCUGCCCCAGUGACCGAAUCCCCCGCGCCAGCACCCAAACAACCCGAACCCACCACCCCCAAACCCUCCACCAUCAAAAUCCAAAGCCCGCCCGCGACCCCCAAGCCCGAAGACAAAAAGGACGAACAGGCCGUCCUGGCCCUCCGCCUGGCAAGCUCCGAAGCCGCCAGCAAGGCCAAAAGCAAGGCCGACGAGAAGAAAGAAGAGUCUAAGAAGGAAGAAGACCCUCGACUCCAAUCCUCCUCCCCCUCCAAAGCGCACCGCGGCUCCGUCGCCCCCGAACUCCCCGACAUCGCCCCCGACUCGCCUACUGGACCCAAGCGACCCCCUCUCGUCCCCGAGGUUGCGGCCGUGUCAUCGGCGAACUUCCGCGUGGAGAAUGCGGAGGAAUUGGGGCUUGUGCAGCAUCAUCGCGGGUCGAUUAUUGCGGCCAGUGAUAAUGCGGAUAAGGAUAAGGUUGUGACGGAGAUUCGGCAGUCGAUUUCGGCGGAGGGGCCUGUUGGCGGGUUGGAUGCGUUGAGGAAGGAGGCGAAGGAGAGAUCGCCGGAUGAGAGUAUUGAGGAGGUGCCUAGUGCGGAGGAGGAGGAGGAGGAGAAAAAGAAGGAUGUGAAGGCUGAGGAGAAGGAGGUCGAGGAGAAGAAGGAUGACCCUUCCGAGUCCAAGGAGGAGCCUUCUACUCCGGCGCAAGACACCAAGUCUGUGGAGGAGACCGCCAAGGAGUAG